AUGGAGGAUCAUACUCACGCCGAGGAAAUAUCAAUUUUCAACACAUUUCCAACUGACACUUCGCUGCAAAGUAGAGAAUGGAUAGAAUAUUUGCCAGCCAACUCGGUUAACUCGGGGAGUCUCGAGUUCAACAUUCCUGCUCAGACCUCUAUGUAUAUGGACUUGAAAAGAAGCUUACUCCACUUGAAGAUACGACUCGUCGACUCGUCGGGCGUGCCUAUUAAAGAGGACGUGAACGCCAGUACAAUUAAUAUGCCAUUUCACACCAUGUUCCGACAGAUUGAUGUCAGUUUUCAACAGACGCCAUUAACGAAACCGGAAGAGUACUACGCCUACAAGAGCUACAUAGAUACCAUUCUUCGAGGUAACGUGAAAGACCGCACCAUUCUCAGUAACAGUCAAAUGUUCUUCAAAGAGACCGGAAAUAUGGACGAAACGGACGCAAAUGGUGAUAAUCUCGGACUCUUCCUACGUCAUCAACGUCUUAAAGGCGGGAAGAUAGUCGACAUGGAAGGACCGCUGCUAUUAGACAUUUUUCAACAACAGAGACUUAUCGUCAACGGUGUGGCACUCACGCUAAAACUAUGGCCAAAUUACGACGCCUUCCGCAUCAUGUCCGAGGACGCGUCAGUGAAACUACAGAUAGUGGACGCCAGCUUCAAACUCUGCGUUCAACGCUUAAAUCCGGCCAUAAUCGUGGCUCACGAAAAGCUUUUUUCGGACAGACACGCCCUAUACCCGUAUCAACGUAGCGUCAUCAAAACGUUAUCCGUACCGCAGGGAAAUUAUAACGUAACGGCCGAUGACGUUUUCCAGGGCCUCGUUCCUAAUCGACUCGUUCUCGGUUUGGUAAAAAGUAGCGCCUUUUCCGGAGAUCAUAAGAAGAAUCCCUUGAAUUUUCUCCCGUUCGAUUGCAACUUCGUUGCCCUUUACGUUGACGGUCAGUCGAUACCUAGCAAACCGCUGCAGCCCAAUUACGACCAAAAGAACUACGUGAGCUGUUACAGGACGCUUGGAACAUUUGGCGAAGACUUGGACAUAGAUCUAAACGAUUAUACCAAAGGAUAUUGUUUGUACGUUAUAGACGUCAACCCCUACGUCACUUUUGACGUCAAAAGAAGAGGACACUGCCGUUUGGACUUGAAAUUUGCCAAAGCCGUGCCAGAGAGUUUGAAUCUCAUUAUAUACGCCAGCUUUCCAGAGGUUAUGUACAUAGACAAGACCAGAAGCGUAAAUCUUCAAUGA